AUGUCCACUGUACCUAUCCAUAAGGACCACAACGAGAUCUCAGUUGAGGAGUUUGCUACACUCAAGCAGAAAGUUCUCGAAGCCAGAGACCUUUCGUACUCUCCCUACUCAAAGUUCAGAGUCGGGUGUACGCUCAUCACCGAAUCGGGCCAAUAUGUGUCUGGUGCCAAUAUCGAGAAUGCCUCUUAUGGAGCUUGUAUCUGUGCUGAAAGAACGGCCAUCUCCAAGGCAUUACUUGAAGGGAAUCGCAAGUUCAAAGUCAUAGCUAUUUCCAGCGACUCGAAAGAACCCAUUUCGCCGUGCGGAAUCUGUCGCCAGUUUAUCCGCGAGUUCGGCCCCAAUGUUCCAAUAUAUAUGUUUGGAGCCGAUGGCAGCUUCAUCAAGGUCUUUUUGCAGGACUUGCUUCCGUUGAGUUUUGGCCCUGAAAAUUUGGGCGUAAACCCACAAGACGCUUGA